UUUGCCGAUUGAGAAGCUCUGGCGUGAAGUGAGCUACGCGAAGAGUGGCUGCGGCGGCUGCGGUUUCCAGUGUCUGAAACAUUCAACGGCUGCGUCUUGACGUUUGAUCGGUGAUUUGGCGAUGACAACAUUUUGAGCGUAUUUUCCGGGAAAAUCUCUGUGAGAACGUGAAGAAAAGUGACCAAGAAUGAACUACAAUGCCAAUGCAAACGCCCGGCAGCGUAAGUUUGAGAAUUCUGCUGGCGGCGUCCGGAAGCCCAAGAGAGUGAGUGACACCAACGCCAUGGGACCAGCGGCUCCGUCAACCAGCGCUCAGUUCAUGUCAACUCCUCAGCAACAACCAGCCUUUGGGGCAGCGCCAGGCGGUGGAACUACACCAGGUUACGGUCCAUCCCAGGGAAUGCCUCAAAAUCUCCCCCAGCAGCAGUAUCCCAUGCCCCAGGGCUACGGAUUUGACCCCAAUGUGACGCCAAGCAAUUUCUCCCAAUAUCCGGGCAAUUAUGGGCAGAAUCCGCAGCAGAUGCCGCAGCAGCAGGUGCCUUUCGCUGGUGGUGCGCCCCAAGCGGGCCCUGGGGCCGGCUUCCAGGGACAGUUCUCGAUGCUGCAGCAGCCAAUUGUCCAAGACAUGGCGAUGCAGUAUGGCCAGAGGCUGGCGGAUCAGGGCAAGGAGCUGGUGAACAGGGAGUUCGAGAAGUACAUCCCCGUGACGCGGCUCAAGUACUACUUCGCCGUGGACAACAAGUACGUGAUCAACAAGCUGAGGCUCCUCUUCUUCCCCUUCACCCACUCCGACUGGUCGCUGAAGUACGACCAGGACAAUCCCGUGCAGCCCAGGUACGACAUCAACGCCCCAGAUCUGUACAUCCCCAUGAUGGCCUACAUCACCUACGUUGUCCUCGCCGGACUGGUGCUCGGGAUGCAGGAUCGCUUCUCACCGGAACAACUGGGCAUUCUGGCGUCCAGCGCUCUGGCUUACAGCCUCUUUGAGCUCAUCAUCUACUCAGUGACUCUCUAUGUGGCCAACAUCUCAACAUCGCUCAAGACGCUCGAUUUGCUGGCGUUUUCCGGAUACAAAUUCACCAUCAUCAAUUUCUGCCUCAUCGUCAGCAUUCUAUUCCGCAAGUCCGGCUACUAUGGCGCUCUGGCGUACAGCAGUUUCUCCCUGGCCUUCUUCCUGCUGCGCAACAUUAAGGCGAAGGUUCUGUCCAACACCCAAACUGCUCCGGCAACUUACGAUCCGUAUGGGAAUCAGCAGCAAUUCGACCAGACAAUGGGUCACAAGAGGAAGCUGUACUUCCUCCUACUGGUCGCCGCCCUCCAGCCGCUCCUGGCCUUCUGGCUCUCCUGGCAUUUAAUACCAAAUUCCUCGCCAGAGCUGUCAGGGUCGGUUUAGGACAUCUUUUCACUCACCAUUUGUCGUCUUUUUACUACCCUUGUUCUCGGAGAGCGAAUAUAAUUACAAAUUACACAAAUUACA